UUCUCCUGGCAACUUCCUAUAAAAAUGUAGCACUGGGCAAGGGUUUCCUCCAGUUUUGCAAGCUACGUGCUAAAGGCUGUAUUAAACAAAGUUGUGUAACGAUACUAAUCAAUGACUACGAUCUGUGGUAGGAUUCUGAGAGGAGAAAUCCUUAGGAAAGGGACGUUUUCGAACCGCGUUGCUGCAAGGGCAUUUGUGAGUACCGAUAGUAGCGAAAACCCCAUCGUUGAGUUACCUGGACUUGGAAAGCUUAAAGGAUCGAUUACCGAGGGAGCCUGGACCGGGACAAAAAUCUUGCAGUUUUUGAACAUUCGGUAUGCAGAACCAGCGGAUGGAGUACGCCGCUUCAAACCACCAAUUCCAGUGCAGCCAUGGUACGAGACGUUGGACGUUAGCAUGCCCAAACUUGGAUCGCCUAUGUACAACGACAUGAAGCUGUACACCCCAGAACAGUUGGCUCAAAACCAGGAAGAUUGCAUCAACGUUUCCGUAUAUACCAAAGACGUUAACGGAAAGAAACCGGUGAUUGUCUACAUCCACGGAGGUAAUUUUUUCAGUGGUGCAGCUAGUCAUUUCCCCCCGAACUACAUCAUGGAGAAGGACGUUGUGUUAGUCGUGCCGCAGUAUCGUUUAGGUCCGUUGGGUUUUCUAUCGACAAGAUCGGAGAACAUUCCCGGAAAUGCCAGCAUCCAUGACGUGAAGCUAGCAUUCGAAUGGGUGCAACAGUAUAUUUCCCAGUUCGGUGGUGAUCCAAACCAGGUAACAGCCAUGGCUCAAUCUUCCGGUGGCUCGAUGGUAUCUGCCAUGCUCUACAGUCCAGCAAUUGACACCGAGAAAUUGUUCCAUAAACUGAUACUACAGUCAGGAAGCUGCUUUACUUCUUGGAGUUACGACCACACACCGGUGGAAAAUUCUCGAGUAAUUGCCGAAUUGGCUGGCUGUAAUCCGAAAGCCAACCAGGAAGAGGUCGAACAGUUUUUGAUGGAAGUUGACGUGUACCGAUUAACCAAGGCAUUUUCGAAGCAAUAUCGCAUGCAUUUGGUCAACAAAGGAAUUGACAAAAUUGGGGGCUGUCGAAUCGUGUCCCGUUGUCCACAUGGCCUGUUCCCGACAUUACCGUACCAGGCCAUGCGAAAAGGAAUGGUCCGAAAAAAUCUUCCGAUGCUCCUUGGCACUAUGAAGCAUGAUGGAACAUUCGGCAUGAUAGACAUAUUUCUAUCUUUGGCACAGAAAAAACUUCUUGAUUCAAAAUCAGUGAAGUUACACUUGCUAAUUGAUGAGAUGAAUCGACUCAUGGGUAUAGACGAUCCCACUUGUGUAACUCGAUCACUACAAACGGCUUUGUUCUACGGCCAGGAAGUGUUAGCAAAGAAUGAUCUCAAGAAAUUGAUACCAGGACUGUCGGACGUGGUAGCCACGUGUCUGAUGAAGGGACCCAUUCUAAAACAGGCACAACUGAACGCAACCUAUCAACCGGAUAGCACAUUUUUGUACAGCUUCGACUACGCCGGAAAAUACACCAGAUUUGGCUUCGGUCUAGACACCUCCCAGUUUCCGUUUGGAGGAGGAGUGCAUCAUUGUGAUGAUUUGAUAUACUUGUUCCCGUACCCACCCGAAUCAUCCAACCUCAAUGAAGCAGACACGCAGAUCGCCAAAAGAACGGUUGACCUGUGGACUUCUUUCGCAACCGAUGGCAUUCCCCGAGCAGAAGGAGUUCCCGAGUGGCCCAGUAUGAAACGUGUUUGCGGGCCUUACAUGAAAAUCGACAAAAACUGUACAAUUGGUGAGAAUUACCUGAAUGAGUUUACGGCUACCUUACGAGAUCCAUCCGGCAUAGCGCGAACAGCGAAACUUCUAAAUAAAGAAGGUCCGUCUCCGGCACAGGUCGAACGGAGACGGGUGGCCGUCGAGCAGUGAAAAACAUUCAUUCAUCGGUUUUUUAUCUAUGAGCUCCCAAAUCGAAUCACUAUCUAUUGAUUAGACAUUCUUAUCGAUGGUGAAAGUGAUUGAAAACAUGGCAGUGUUGCUAAGAAGGAUUAGGUGAGACCUCAAUGAUGAAACUGACUCACUAUUAAUGUCCUGAAAAGCUGUACUGUCUUCAGUACAAUAGCUAGAGUGAAUCAGUACAAUUAACUAAUGAUUAUAAAAUUUUCCAUGAAGAUUUUUUGAUACUACGAGUGCUGUUGAUUCAGAGAAAGGUUACAAAUUUUACUUCGGAAACAAAGUUUUUAUUGUGUUCAGCCGCUCAAUUUGUGACCAAUCCUAUGUAGUUAUUAUUCAACCAUAUUUGAUAAUAAACUACUAUAUGAAAUAUUCUCAUAAAAUUUAGCUACAGAUAUGACCGAAGCCUCUAACAAAACAAACUUAACGAAUGCCAGAUUUCAACUAAUAACAUAAAUGUAUUCUGAUGGAACGAUUAGCGAAGGAACACCAGCACCAGACAAUUACAGACACCAUAAUCCUGAUAAUAGAAGAGUAUCUACAUCAAGGCAGCAAACAUGCACUCCCUGUUCUUGGUUUGGUCUAGUGGAGAUUGGCUCCGUGGAUAUGCGAAAUUAGCUGCUGUUAUCGCAUAAGUCAAGCAUUUCAUUAUUGUAGAGGAGAGUGAUCCUUUGGGAUUUGAUUCCCUGGCCAUAUCUCGUAAUCUAUAUACUAAAAGUUAUCACAACAUAAAAAUAAAAGGAAAUAUUUGGUCGUUCAUGAUGCUUAAAAACAAAUCGAAUGUAUUGCAUUUGGU